AUGAUGAGUUUCUCUGUGUUUCAGAAGACACGUUAAAUUAGGGGAAAAUGGAAAGAAACCCUUCGUGCUCGAAUGCGAGUCACACUUAGCCAGUUUUUUUUUCUUUUAAACACGUCGGGGUUGAAGCAACCGGUUGUGAGUUCGUUAACAUGAACAUCAGUCGCGAACUCAGUGCCUGAGGAGAUGGCGUCUGUAGAACAAACAGCUGCAUUUUAUAUUAUAACGAUCUUUGCAAUAUGUGAAGUGCAAGUUAACUGUUUUGUUUUCCGUACUCCUAAAAUUGAGGCUUUGUCUCCCACGGCUAUUAAGAUUUCAAUGGAAGUUCCAGAUGAGGCCAUUGGGAACUACUCUUAUUUCGGCUUCCAUGGUAACAUUAACAAACCAAUCAAAAUAACAGAUGAUGGCCACAUAUCAUUUUUUGAUUUUUCCAAUAUUGAGCCCCUGCUUUCACGUACCCGCAUCGUAGAGAUCGGUGACAGAAUUGACAUAGAUAAUAUCAAGAUUGGAGACACUGUUUACUUCUGGAUCUUUAUGAGGGACUUCAAUGAGGAUGAACAAAUCAUCGGGAAUCUUGAGUUUACCAUAACAGAAUUCGUUGGUGACAAAAGUGAUGCAACCACCAACAACCUUUCCUGUGGUUCUACUAAAACUAAGGUCAAAGGCCAAAAACGUGUUUGCAAGAAUUCCUUAAUAUUCAGUGAGGAGUUCAGUCAAACCAGCGUAUCAGACCUGACGCAAUGGGACAAGUUAAUCCAGUUCGUUAAUGAACCGGAUUAUCCAUUCAAUAUGUACAUGUCGGACAAGACGAUCAGCUUGGAGGAUGGCUCCCUGGUCAUCAAGCCGAUCCUCACCGAAUCAAUAUUACCUACCCUGUUCAAGCCACUGUACUUAUCUGACAGGUGCACAAGUAAGAUAAAAUCAGAUUGCAAAAGAGAAUUUCAAAUGCUGCCUCCUGUGAUUACAGGAAAAAUUACUACAAACAGGACUUUCAGCUUCAUGUAUGGAAAGAUUGAAGUGCGAGCUAAGUUACCAUUAGGACAAAUGAUUGUACCGGAAAUUCAACUCGAGCCCACAGACAAUGUAUAUGGCGAUAAAAACUACGCAUCUGGCUUGAUACGGAUCGCCUUCAAUUAUAAUUUUAGAAUAGAAAUCAAAGAGAAUACGAGGCGGGCUGUAUUGAGUGGUCCAGUGUUCAGAGCAAACCAACUUUUUUUGAAUAACCAUACAAUGGGUUAUGUCAAGCGCGAUGGCGGCAACUGGGACGAAGACUUCCACAAUUAUACUUUGAUUUGGACACCAGAGAGAUUUCUUUUCUAUGUGGAUGGCGAAAGGGCUGGCGAAACGGGAUAUAUUCAUAGCUUUGCUGAAGACCUGGAGGACGAAGUCGAGCACGCGUCAAAAUGGCUGACAGGCACCAACAUGGCACCAUUUGAUCAGAUGUUCCACGUGACCCUCGGUCUUCGCGUGGGAGGAGUCAAAGAGGUUUCCCGUGUAGAGAUACAGGAACACCCAUAUAUCAACCAGUUUGAAAUGCCUGACUUCUGGAAAUCAAAAGAAAAAUGGUACCCCACGUGGUCUGACGGAGCUAUGAAGAUUGACUAUGUCAGGGUUUACGCUCUUUAGAUGUUUUGCUCUUCAAGUAGCUAUGAAAAUAAAUGACAAGACGUCACGUUACGUUGGUCAAUGGCCUAUGAAAUACUUUAUGAUUAUAAACGCACAUUUUGGAAA